AUGCAUCAGACUCCCCGCCCAGGGCCUCGCUCAUUGUCGCCCGCUUCUUCGCCUACCACAAAUCCCACAAGAACGAACAAUCCGAGGGAAGCUGUUCGGUCGGGCGGCCACUUGCGCAGCGGAUCCGAGGCGAGCGCUGCUUCAGAGGCCGCUGGUACAAUGCGGCCCAGAGAAGAUGCGCCUGGCGCAGGUCCCAGUUCGGACUCGAUCAGGAAGCUGGACCAGAUCUUACAGAACAUAUUCGCCAAGGCAGGCACUCUGAUAUUACAAGAGCGCAUGCAGGUCUCGCCAAUGUUACUCGCUGGAACUAGAGAGAAGAGGAUAAGCAAAUGGUUCCAAUUAGAUACCGACGAAAUCGAGGACUUUAGGGAAGAAUUUAGAACAUGGAAACAUUGUGGUGGUAUCGAGAACCGCCCGCCUCCACUGAUAAUCGAAACCUAUCUCGAUACAUCCCGAUUAAAAAGCGGCCAGAGUCUGAUCAUUACAGACGAGAAUGGGAAGAGAUGGGAUGUCGUCGAGGCUAUGAAUUCAUCAGAUCUUUCGAGCGACUCGAGUGUGAGCGGUAGCUCGGCCGGUGGUCGCUCCAAGAAAUCGUCAAACACUCAUCUAGUACUGGAGCGGUGGCGGAUCGAGUUGAAAGGCUCCAGCAACGAUCCCGAAGAUUUCGGCCUUUUACUACCGACAGUGUACAAAAAGGCAAUCAUCUUUAUCCGGUCUGUAUAUACUACGACGGGCAUCCUGCCAGCUUGGAAGCUUGCUAGGAACUCAAAGUCCAAGAUGCUGCACCCGGCCUUGCAAGUAAAGUGUAGAGUUCUGUCAGCGGAGAACCGUCCUUUUGGGUUCGAUGCUUUGCGAAGCCCAUUGUAUGACGGCAGGGGAGAUGUCACCACUGAUUACAUCUUUGGUCUCCUCGAGGUUCCAGUUGGCCGAUUUUACGCAACCGUUUCUUACCGAAACAACUGCAAUUUCCAAGUUGUCGAGACCGAGUCACUUUUGAGCUCUAGAAUCGGCUUGGCCAUAUCAGACGACCUAUUCAAACCGUCUCUGCCGCGGCGUGAACCUGGACGUCGCGAUACCGCAGCCGAGAUUGGGUCCUUGCCUUACCAUCGCCACGAAAGAGACAUUACGGAAAAUCAGCAAAGAUAUGGAAGUUUGUCAACCUUCCACGGGGAAGGUCCUCAUGGGACGAGUCCGAUAUCAGCACUGAAAGCUGUCAAGUCACCUGGAUCGGACACAACAUCACCGUCUAAUUCUCGGCCUGCAAGCGUGGAAGUACCCCCUCAUUCGCUUCCCAUUGCCGCUCCAUCGAGGCCGCCCCUGAGAGUCGAGGCACACGGAAGGAGACCUUCAGUGUCUUUCCAACCAUUCAAGCAGGGUUCUCUGUCUGGAUCUCCUGUGCCACGAAUGCACGACAUGGACACGCCAGCAUCGCCACAUUCUUUGACCCGUGGACCCGGCUUGAGCGCACUUACACACGCCAGGAACAGGUCAUCGUUGACGGCUGGAAUGGCAGCCUCCUUGAGAGGUGGCCCUCCCCCCUCAGCAACAGCCGCCGCAGCGGACUCACCAGUUGUUGGAUCGCCCAGGCCUGGAUCCACGGGCCGAUAUAGCAGCAGCUUUGGCCAUCGUCGUAGCAAGCCAUCUUUUGGAGGGGCAAGCAGAGCUGGUGACGACGAUCAAACUAGUAGUGGAAAGCAGAGUUUGGCGUCUUCCUUGGCUCAGCCUGGGUCUGGACUUCUAAAUGAGGCCGGCGCCGGUGGCAGCUCGGGUUCGUUUCAGACGGACAACGAUAACAUUGAGGAGUUUCUCAAAGUAUUGGAGAGUAAGAGGACUCUACAGAGCUUCGAGCCUUCCAAGAAGGGCGAAGCGAUGAGGAGGACAAACGCACAGCUUUCCAAGUUCCAGCUUAUGCGCGACUCAAACAAUGCCCUGACCGAGUCGCUCAACUCAUCAAUGCAGCUACAUAGAUCGUCGAGCUCUUCCAGUCGGCAGCUCGCCAAUGUACCCGGCAUGUCGACUUCUUCAUCUCCUGGCAAACCCUUGUCGCCUCAUACACCACAUACGCCAGCCAUUCCUUCCCGUCUGAGUGAGAACUCGAGUGUCGACUACGCGGCGCCUACUCAGUCGACGCUGCGACCCCGUCCAGGUCGCGCAGCUGAAGCACCCACCAGCAUCCCGUCGACAUUGGAGGGCACAACUGCUAUCGAUAUCCCGCUCUCGCCGCGGCCUUACCCGCAUGUCAGACGGUCGAGCUCGGCGGCACAACCUCGAGUUGUUGCCGAUGAUGAUGACGCCCAUCGAAGUCUCAGUCUUGGUGCCGACGAUCGUGAGCCGCCCAGUCUUAGUGCUCUCCUUGGUCGCCACGAAGCCGCUAGAGAUGCAGAUGGCACAUCCGAUUCGCCGGUCAUGCAGCCGCCUACUGAACUGCAGGUUGAUGAGUCAUCAGAAAUGCUCAGACAGGCUUCUUCAUCGGCCGAGAGGGAGACCAGACCACCAGGCGGCCUAUACGCCGGCUUGUCGAGCUCCCCUUACCGACGAUAUGGUGCUGGCAGCGGACGAGGCUCGAGCAAUUCUCAGUCGGGCAAUAGCAGCCUGACUGGUCCUAGCACUAGAUACGCGCGUGGGUAUUCUAGAAGAGGCCCAGCCGGUCUAGGUGUUACCAGUGGUCAGCCGGAAGAUACAGAGGAAGAGCUUUUGUUUGACAUGUCGGAGCUCGAGCACGCGCUGAACCGAAAAAGCCUCGAAGAAAGCCGAGGCGCUGGCGGGGGAUCUGCUCCUGAACGCGAAGGCUACGAUUCAUCGAGGGGUGGAAGUCGUCGAUGGUAG